AUGGCGCGGGGGAAGACACGGGUGAAGCUGAUAGAGGACCGGACGAGCCGGCAGGUGGCCUUCUCUAAGCGCCGCAGAGGGUUGUGCAAGAAGGCCUUCGAGCUCUCCGUCCUCUGCGACGCCGAGGUCGCCCUCAUCGUCUUCUCCCCCACCGGCAGGCUCUACGAAUUCGCCAACGCCGGCAUGCAGGACACAAUUGAACGUUAUAGGACAACCACAAAGGACAAUAUCAGCAUACAUACAGUGCAUCAAGAUAUAGAGAAAAUAAAAGCCGAGGCAGAGGGCUUGUCAAGGAAGCUUGAUGCUCUUGAAGCUUCCACAAGGAAAGUCUUGGGUUGUAAUUUAGAAGGAUGCUCUGUUGAAGAACUGCAAAGCUUAGAGGUCCAAACUGCAAAAGGCCUGCUUAGCGUCCGGGCAAUGAAGGCUCGGCGGUAUGAAGAGCAGCUCGCUAAGCUGAGGCAGAAUGUGAUGACCCUGCGCCAGGAAAAUGAAGAACUAUUUUGCCAGGUGAACACAUGUUUCAAGAAGAAUCACCUUGAGGUGGCCGGGGCCGGGGCGGCCUCUGCUGCGGGGACCGUGGCGGACCGCAAAGACCACGAAGUCAUCGAUGUGGAGACCGAGCUAUUUCUUGGAUUGCCUGGCUCAGGUCGCUCCUGA